AGUUCCAACGGCCCAAAUUCUAUGUUGCUCUCAAACUCAGAUUAGGGUUUAAGCUUGAUAUUCUCUUUCCAUCAUCAACAGAAAGAGAAAACAGAGGAAAAGGAAAUUAUUUGCAAUUUUUUGUUUCAAGUUUCAUUUGGUUUUAAGUGGGAAAUUUCAAUGGAUUCCCUUCAACGUAUAGCAAGAAACUCUCAACUCCACAGAUUCUCUCCUGCCAUUGUGAAGCUCAGUUUCAGAGAAUUCUCCUCCAACCGAAAUGACAAGUACAAGGACGGGGACGACGACUGGAACAACGCCUGGGAGACUGCUUGGAUCCCCGAGGAGGUUUCGGCAAAGUCUCCCCGAGCUCCAUGGGAGGCCGACGUUAAUUUCUUAGCCCCAUCGGAUUCCCCCAUAGCUCUCCCAGCGGACGUCGAUUCCGAGACGAAGGCGUUUGUGGAAGACAUGAACGAUAAUUGGAGCCAGAGACGUAAGUCGAGUAAGAACCAGAAACAACCAGAAAAGCUGAAUCUGGAGAACGAAAGUGAAAGUGGGUCGCUAUAUAGCUUGGAGAAUAUGAAAAGAGAUUACAGGUUGAAGAAGCAGAGAAUUCAUGCCGGGUUGUGGAUGAAGGAGAUUGAGAAGCAUGAAGAGGCAAAACUGGGGGACUCCAUCGUUGGUGGUGGUGAUGAUAUCGAGAAGUUACUUGAUAGUUGCUCAGACAUUUUCCAUUCUGCGGAUGACGACUUGGACAACUCAAAAAUCUCAAGCUCUACUGAGUUUAAAGCCAAGCCUGAUGGUUGGGAAACGACAUCAAAAACUGAAGAUGGGAAUAUAUGGGAGAUGACACAGAGGGAGGAGGAUAUUCUUCUCCAAGAGUUCGAGCGUCGAAUUGCUUACAGUAAAUUCCAGAUAGCUAGUUUUAUAAAGACUCACAUAUUUAGUCGGAGGAGACCCAUUGAUGGGUGGAAAUACAUGAUAGAGGAGUUAGGACCUAAUGCCAGGAAAGGGAAGGGCAGUGUCACAAGGUUACCAACUUUAUCUGAUGCCUCAACACAGCCGUUCAAGGCGGAGAAGACCCCAAUGGGAAGUAAUUUUAGGAAAAGCUAAGCUAUUUAGUUCCUUUACUACUACUAAGAAUAUUCACUUCGCAUUUUGGGCAUUUGGGGCUUUGGCUGUGGCUACCUAUGUGUGUACAGCAGAAACUAUGUCUAUAUAAAUAUCAACCGGGUAAAGACUAGACAUAUUGUUUUGAGUUUCGACCAAAACUGCAUAUAUUCAGAGAGGGAAAGCUGGGCUCAGCUGCGCUAUUAGCUUUUCAAUAGU